AUGUUACAACAUAGCACGUCAACAAGCUGCAGCCUCGGGUCCAGCUUCUUCCAGAUCCUCUCCCUUCUCACCGCGGCAGCUAAUCUGGUGCACGCCCUCGAGGCAGUACCUGCCAUCACCACCACCAACAACGGUUCGUACGCCAAGCUGCUCCCCGAGCCCGAGUACAAAAUACUGGCACCGCAGCUCGCGGCACGCGGUGGCGAGAUGGCCGAUGCGGGAUUCGCCGACGACGCGCAGUUCCAGUCGCAGCUCGUCAGCGACCACGUCUGGUACCGCGCCCAGCACGGCGCCGGCCCCGUAACCUGGAGCGACGAGCUAGCCCGGUCGAGCAGUACGUGGAUCGAGAAUUGCAAAUUCGGACACUCGGGCACACCAGGAGUCGGGGAGAAUAUUGCGCUCGGGUACUCGAAGCUGGUCGAUGCCGUUAACGCGUGGGGACUGGAACGCGUGAACUACGACUUUGCCGCACCGGGAUUCUCGUCUGGAACGGGCCAUUUCCGGGAAACGAGUUUUAAGCGAGCGAGCGAGCAACGGCUAACCUCUCUACUCUUCUGCACAAGCAGCACGCAGAUGGUUUGGAAAGCUACAACCAAAAUAGGAUGUGCGAAGAAACAGUGCAUUACUGAUGCGGGAGAGACAGCCGUGCCCGGCUUUGGCAACGGGGGUCCGGCGUGGUAUCUCGUGUGCCAGUAUUCCGCGCAGGGCAACAUCGUCAACGCCGGCUUCUUCGAGACGAACGUGGGAAGGCAGGUAUCGGGGGACCCGAAGGUCGGCAUCGUGGGUACGCUUCCGGUUGUCGUUCCUCCUUCACCGACAACAGUCGCAAAACCUCCUCCUCUUCCUUCGUCACAGACGCAGACGCACGCCACAACGACCACACCAGCACCAGCACCAGCAAACCCCCCCGUAGUGACGGUCACUAUAACGAAAACCGUAGUGGGAGUAGGAUUAGGACCAGAAGUCCCUACACCAUCUCCUCCCUCGUCCCAUUCCCAUUCAGCAACAGCAGCAUCAAAGCCAACAUUCAAACCCGGCCACAGCAGUCUCGGUUUCGACGACGCCCGAGCCAAUGAAGAAGCAAAAGCUGCAACAUCAACGACACCAUCGUCAUCCUCAACCAGUGUAAGCUACCCUCCAUUCAUCCCAUUCAUCCUCGGAAAGAGCGAGGCAGCAAGAAGCGUCAACAGCAGCAGCAGCCACAGGAAAAAGGGGAAUGCUCUAGCCGGCUUUGUCGGUCUCUUCUUGGGUUUUUGA